ACUUUGUGCUGCAGGGCAGCGGCUGCGCAAGUAGGUUGGCAGACAGCGGCUGCAUCAAGUUUUGUGUUCUUGUCUUAGUGGAAAGUCAAGGAAAGGUCAGUAUGGCGGAGAGGAGGAUGGCAAGAAAGGCGUGUGCAGAGCCCGACUUCCUGCAGUUCAACGAUCUGGGCUGUGAGACGGUCGGAGGGAAGGUAAUUUUUGCCACAGACGAAUGGUUUGCCCCAGCGAAAAACCUGCUGAAGAGAGAGCCGCCACAGUUCAUCACAUCUGCCUUCACCGAGUUUGGAAAGUGGAUGGACGGAUGGGAGACGAGGAGGAAGAGAACACCUGGUCACGACUGGUGCAUUAUCCAGCUGGGAGUCCCAGGUUUGAUCCAUGGCUUUGAUGUCGACACGUCCUUCUUCACAGGAAACCACUCACCCUACAUCUCCAUCCAGGCCGGCUGUCUGGACCAGGAGUCUCCUUUCACCCUGGAAGGAGACCGAACUGGCAUGGCUGCCUCCGAUAGUCAGAUGGCAGCUGUUGCCAAGCUGGGAUCAGAGGUGUGGCCAGAGCUGGUUAGUGUGUCGCAGCUGCAGCCUGGAUACUCGGACUGCUGCCAUAACUACUUCAAAGUCAGCUUCAGCAGGAGAGUGACACACCUGCGCCUCAACAUGUACCCAGAUGGAGGCAUAGCCAGACUGCGGGUGUACGGUGUUGGGCUGAGGGACUGGUCAUCUGUCUCCACUAAUCAGGAUGUUGACCUAGUGGCUCUGACCAAUGGAGGAGUCUGCCUCGGCUACAGUGACGCCCACUUUGGGCAUCCACGCAAUAUGAUUGGACUUGGUCGAGCUGCCAACAUGGCCGAUGGAUGGGAAACGGCCCGCAGACUGGACCGACCCAAAAAACUGCAGGCAGACCAGCGUGGGAUCCUGCAGGUUCCCGGCUGGGAGUGGGCGGUGUUUCGUCUCGGUCAUCCCGGACUGAUCAGCAGCGUUGAGGUCGACACCAACCACUUCAAAGGAAACUUCCCAGACUCAUGCAGGAUCGAGGCAUGCACUUUGACCCCUGAGGAGAAGGCUCAGUGUAUCGGCAGUAGGUGGAAUUCUGGGAAAUGGAGGGUCCUUCUCCCUCCUCAGAAGCUCCGCCCUCAUCACAUUCAUCACUACGGCAAGAUGGAGCUGAAACUGAGCCAUCCUGUCACCCACGUCCGACUUAUCAUCGCUCCGGACGGAGGAAUCAGCCGCCUCCGUCUGUGGGGUCGACCCAUACCAUUCACUGCAACUCUGGCCAGUAAGAAGUGGACAGUGUCCAAACUGUGACACCCAGAUGACCUCAGACCUUCAGGGCUUUUAAAAAAUUAAGCUGCUAUUGAUCUGCUGGUUAUUGAUUUCCUUUUGUCUGGUCCUCUGUCAUUAGUUCUCAUCCAUCCAUCUUAGUUUUCUCUCCCUCAGGCUCAAGGUCAACUUUAAUCAUCUUCCACCUUCCAGCCAACACCCUGACCCCCACCUCCAAUGAUUCUCCAGGACAUUUGUCCUUUGAAUGAGUCUGAAAUGUCCAAUUAUGAUUGCGCCUCCUUCUUUCCCCGUCUGUUUGAGAUUUAAAGACAUUAACUGGAAACAUCUGGGCCUGACACACAGCUCCAGCUGUGGUAUGCUCCUACACACAGUGCUCACGAGCGGCAGCAGAACGGCACCGUCAGGAAGGGUCAGGGGUUGGGAGUUAGCUGCCUCAUCAAUAGCUGUGCUCAGUUGUUCUUACUCCCGCAGUUAAUUAUAGUAGCCCCUCCUCCACCUUCGUGUUGGCUCACGAAGCUGCUGUGAAUGGUGGAGGUGGUGUAGCUCAGACACAUGUGUUCACACUGGAUUCACGUCACACGUAGAACCCUCACUCUGAUAUUUCUGGAUUUUCAGUCUCUGGUUUCGGUUUCUUUUCCAUGUUUUAGUUAGAUCAUCUCCGCUGGCUUCAGUGAUUCCACGAUCAUUUAAAGCACAUACAUUUAAAAACACCUGACACGCUUCGGAUGUGAAAGAAUGAAUGGGUUUGUUUACUUCUGUAAAAUAAAGCUGUGACAGCCAAAGUUUGAUUUCACUCUAAACAUGAAAACAACAUAAAGUCACUAAUAAAUGAACAGGUUUAAAUUUAUUUACAACCUGCCCUCUAAUCAAAAACACCGCCUCCUCCACCUCUCUGUAAAACCUCUGACUGUUUUUCAUUAUUAGGGGCGUGGCCUCUGUGACUGACACGUGGAUGGUGACACAGGCAGCUGUAGCUACUAUCUGUCUGCUAGCUUCAGCUGAACUGGACCUCUGGACCCUGUCUGUGCUAUUGGCCUUUGGAGCAUUUUAAUGACAUCAUGUGACCAAUAACGGGGCUGCUGUGAUGUUACUGUAGUAACAGAAGGCUGAUCUCCAGUUUUCACUUCUCUACUGAGUACUUCCAUGUUAUACCCAGGGACCAUGAACCUGACUAAUGGAUAUACAGUACUAUGCAAAAGUGUUGAGUGGGAAAUAGGUGCAGUGGUUUAUUGAAACAUGCUAACAUCAUGUAAAUACAGCACAUGAGGCAAAAACAAAGUUUGUACAAAUCUUCAUUCUUCAACACAGUCUGGUGUUCAGAUUUUCAGUGAGCAGGAUGCUCUGAGCACUUGCAGAAGAGCAUCCUGCUCUGGAGUGAACGGCUGGGAGAAGAAGAAUUUAAUUUUAUUGAUAUAAUGCCUAGACGGUUUAAAUUGUAAGGUGAAGACCCACAACAAUAAAAAGAAGAAGUUUUGAGGAGUUGUUUUUUUUUAAUUUUUUAUGAGCACAUAUAUUUUUUUUUUACAAAAACAAGGAACAUGAUUCAACAGAGGCAGUGACCCCUGACCCUAACAGACUACUGCAGUAAAAAUCACAUCCAUCCCAAAAUGU